AUGGUUGGUUUCAUGGUUGGUUUGAUGGUUUGGUUGGUAGUUGGUUUGGUGGUUGGGUUGAUGGUUGGUAGUUGGUCGUUUGAUGUUGGUAGUUGGUUUGGUGGUUGGGUUGAUGGUUGGUUUGGUCGUUUGAUGCUUGGUAGUUGGUUUGGUGGUUUGGUGGUUGGGUUGGUGGUUGGUUUGGUUGAUGGUUGGUUGGUUUGGUGGUUGGGUUAA